AUAACACAUCUUGUGUUGGAGUGAGGAGAGUAGUUAAUAUCUCCAUAUCCAAACAAAGAGAGAUCUUAUUAAGUUUGUUGUUUCUUUCUUUCUUGGAUUGAAUAGUUAAUAUGGCAAAUCCAUCAGGGCAAGGUAGUAACAAGGUUUACUCCUUCAAGAUCGUCUUGAUCGGUGACGUUAAUGUUGGAAAAACCACUCUUAUUGAAAGUUUCGUUUCCGGUGCCUUCAAGAGUCCUGAGCCCACAAUUGGUUUCUCCAACAAGAUCAAAGAGAUAAAUAUAGGUGGGAAGCAAUUGAAGCUUUCAAUUUGGGACACUGCUGGACAAGAACGUAUCCGAGGAAAUACGGCAAGAUAUUAUGAAGAUGCAGACGGGAUCGCUCUUGUUUAUGAUGUGACAGAAAGGUCAACGUUAAACAACUUAGUUAACAAAUGGAUUAAACAAAUGGAAGAACAUACGACAAAGGAGAAAUGUGUGAAGAUACUAGUUGGAAACAAAAUUGAUAAAGAAUCUGAAAGGGUUAUAAGUAAAGAUGAAGGAAAGGCUCUAGCAGAUAAGCAUGGAUUUUUGUUUAUUGAAAGUAGUGCUAAAAUUAAAGAAAAUGUGGACAAAUGUUUCAAAGAUCUAGCACUUAAGAUUCUGGACGAAAUAGAUGAUAAGAAGCCCAAGAAGGACGACGUCCCGGAAAAGAAGCCGCCGUCAACACCUCAACCACCAACAGUGAAGCCUGAACCACCAACAGUGAAGCCUGAGCCACCGAUAGUGAAGCCUGAACCACCAACAGUGAAAAUUGAACCACCAAAACCUAAAUCAUCAGAAAAACCAUCUUCAUACUCGGCAACACCGCCAUGCAAACGCUGUUGCUAAUAAAAUACGAUGCGCCACCACAGCUCCAGCCACAGGGCAGCGCUUUGACCAACACGAAAGGAGUAUCUAUUAUCAAGAACCAAAUAAUGCUAAUAGCUUGUGCAAAUUAAUGGCUUUGUUUUUCUCCUAUGGCUAAAAUUGGAUAAUAAUGAUAAUAACAGUACUAUUAUAGCA